UUUGGAUUUGGUUCAAAUCUAUUCAGAUUUUGAAUUUUUAGGAUUAAAAUUUUUAAUUCUAUUUAUAUAAUUUUUUUUUGCGUCAACUAUGAGAUCAAGUGACAGGCGGAUCUCAGUCAUUCUCAAGAGACUCUCAAUUUUCGGAUGAGUCUGAUAAAUCAACGAUUAAAUGUUAGGUUCAAAGUUAUGCUUAUGUUUCAAACUUUCAAUAGUAUUGAAAUGACAAAAUUGUUACUUUCAAUCUGUAUCUUUAAAAGCUAAUAGUUCUUCUGACUACAAAAAUAAUUAUUUUAACACAAUAACCUCUAAAACUAAUUUGUUUUUGAUACAUCAAAAAUAAUUGGUAUUAUUUAUUUAUAAUUAUAAUUAUUUUAAUUAAUAAAAUAAUAUAAAAUAAAAUUAAUAAAAAUAAACUAUAAGGGUUAUAAAAUUAAAAUAAAUUAAUUAAAAUUUAACAAUCAAAAUUAUGGUCCCGGUGAUUUAUUUUGACAUAUUACGAAGGUUUGUCGGUGAAGUUAUCAAAAUAUUAUCUUUUGACGAUUUUCAACAUAAUAAACUAAAAAUUUGAUAACUUACUAAUUACUCAUUGAUUAAUAUCCAAAAGUAUUUUCUUUUUAAAAACAUGAAAUAUGUGCAUGUACAUCAUUCAUUACUUUUCAAUUUACAAGUGAGAAUCUAGGGUUUGGGAGAACUAUUUGCUGCGAUGAAAACACGGCAGCAGCACGCCGCUGAGGACGCUCUAACAAUACCCCGACGCAAAACACAGUCUCCGGUCUCAGUUGGAAUCUCAGAGACGAUCCCUUUUGAUCUCAUCAUCGAAAUACUCUUGAGGUUGCCUUUGAAGUCGAUAGCUAGAUGUCGCUCUAUAUCCAAGUCUUGGGCUUCCAUACUCCGCCGUGAAGAUUUCACGGAGCUGUUCAUCACCAGGUCUCGAGCUCGUCCGCAAAUCUUGAUCUCUUGCGUAGAAAACAAUGAGUCGUUGUUAUUCUCGAUACCUCAAGUCCAAAAGCCAGGUGUUAUAGCCGCCAAUUAUAUUAUGAGGUUGCCCUGUACACAUUACUCUAAAAAUAUUGGUUCUCUCCGCGGUUUAGUCUGUUUUACACAUAUUGGGAAGAAUCAUAAAACAGAGCCGGUGAUAUGUAACCCUAGCACAAGACAAUUCUUAACUUUACCCCACGUGAAGACCAAGAGUGUUAUCGUUGCUAGCUUUCUUGGGUUUGAUCCAAUUGAUAAACAAUUCAAGAUAUUGUCCAUAACGACUCAUAGAAAUUGUGAAGAGUGUCAAGUUAUGACUUUAGGGACUAAGAAAAAGAUGUCUUGGAGAAUGAUGGAAUGUUGCAUAUCCCAUUCUUAUGUUCAAAAUGAUGGUAUAUGCGUCAAUGGUGUUAUAUAUUACGUAGCUGGUGUCAGUGGACCUCCAAGGGCUAUUAGCAUAAUUUGCUUUGAUGUUAGGUCUGAGAAGUUCAAAGUUAUUAAUAAAGCUAAGGAGAUGUUACUAUGGAGUCUAUCAACUCUUGUUAACUACAAGGGUACAUUAGGUGCCCUUUUGUCUGAAGGGUAUGCCGAAGUUACCGGAGAAACAAAAUGUUUUGAGUUGUGGGUUUUAGUAGAUGCUGAUAAACAUGAAUGGUCGAAGCAUAUAUCCAUUUCGCUGCCCCCGCUGUGGAAGAAUAUAGUUACUGAGGACAGUUUAUACUUUGUUGGAGUGACUGGUACAGAUGAAAUCGUGUUGUCGCCGCGCUAUUUAUCCGAGCCUUACAGUUUCUAUGUUUACUACUACAACAUUGAGAGCAAUACAAUCAGAAGAGUUGAAAUCCAAGGAAUGGAUUCGUUUAGGCAUUGUAAAAUUCGCCUCUCUCUAAACCAUGUAGAGGACGUGAAGCUUUUGCAAUAUAUUUAGGACUUUAUAACUCUAAGACUUUAUACUACAAGGUCAUGGGACUUUACUUCUCCUUAUGCUAUUUAAUUAUCAUUAUCUCUUUUUUUUUUUGUGUGAUGGUGGAGACUGAAUCAAUCUCUGUGUUUACAGUUUAGCCUUUUGAAAUCUUUUCUUCAGGAGUAAGCUGUGUUUAUGAGCUCUAUAUUAUUCAUUCACUGGUAAAAGACCACAUUGACACUACAUUGGGCUGAACUAGAUAAGUGAAGUGUCCACACCAAUCUGUUUCACCUCAGAUAAAUGAAUUGUGCCUUUUAUCUCUGGCAUUCCUGUUAAUCUUUUUGUCCCAAGUAUGUGUUGUGUUUGUUUCUCUGCUACAUUAAAUAAGAGAAACGAAGUUACAGUUGUUUAGUGUUUUGCAUGAAAAUUUAUCAAGUAAUAUAAGUGAAGUUGCGUUCGUUUAUGUUUCCAAUUCUAACAUCAUAUGAGUUCUAAGAAGCCACCUCGUUGUGGCAGUUUCUUCGAGGGGUGAUAGGAACCCUUGUUAUUGUCAACCCGUCAAGUACUAAUCCGAAAUAGAGAUGUCUAACAUGAGGUAUUUCAACGCUAAAUCAGAGAGGAGAGUCGUAGAUCCAAGAGAAAGUUAUAACGUUUAAUUAUCAAGAAGAAAACAGAUUGAAAAUGGUGUUGGAGCUAAUUCAGUUUAUUGGAGCUAUGUUAAAAUGUUAGCUCAGUGCUUGGAAAAAGAAACCAGACGGAAGGGUAGGUAGUGUGUAGUACGCAUUUUACAUGGAUCCAGAAUCUGAAUUGGAAUCAGACCCGAAAAUACCUGACUCGGAAUCAAUCUGAAAAUUUACAAAUAUGUAAUUGAUCCAAUUUUUUCUAUCUAAAAUAAUCGGAACCGAAUAGAACCGAUCAAAAAGAUCCAAACUCGAAAAAUCUGAUCCAAAUAGAUCCAACCGGAAAUGAACCAAUAUGAUCCGACUUAAAAAAGAAGAUCCAAAACUACGACUCCAUAUGUUCUAUUUUUUAUAUUUUAAUUUAUGAUUUAAUUUUAAUUUUUUUUAUUUGUAAUAUUCAUUAUUAUUUUUGUAAUAUUUUCUUUUUUUAUAUUAUUUAUUUUAUAUAUUUAUAGAGUAUAAGUAUAACUAUCAUUUAUUUCUUUAGUGAAACAUACUUUGCUUAGUUCUUUUUUGGCUAUUUUUUUAAUUGUAAAAACAUUUUUGUAAUAUUUUCAAGUUCUAUGAAACUGUAUAUGUCUUUUUUUUCUUUUUUUCUGUCAACAUGAAACUGUAUAUGUCAAAUUUAGAAUUUAAAAAUAUUUAGUUUUAACUAUUAAUAGUUUAUUUUUGUUGUUUUAUGAAAAAAUUUAAAUAUUUAUGAUAGACUUUAACUAAAUUUGAUGGAGUUUGGGUACUUCGAGUCUUUUUACAAUUAUAUACAUCCCAACCGACUCAGACUCGUUUUAAACUUAAGAUUUUGGAUAUAAAAUUCAAAAUAAUAAUUUUUUAAAAAAAAUGAAAAAGAAAAUUUUGAGAAAAUAAAAAUAAGAAAAAUCAAAUACAUAUUAUUUAUUUUAUAUAUUUAUAGAGUAUAAGUAUAACUAUCAUUUAUUUCUUUAGUGAAACAUAUAUACUUUGCUUAGUUCUUUUUUGGCUAUUUUUUUAAUUGUAAAAACAUUGUUGGGGUUUUUAGAAGAUUUUCCUUAUUAAAAGUGCUACAACUGCUGACAUUGUUUUGUCGCCGGAGAUUGUUUGUUGUCAUUUUUUCCGUUGCUCGUUUAAUGACAGGAUAGGUGCUGAGACUCUGUUCUAUUUUCAGUUCUUUUGGUUGAUUUUACCCCUAUUUCGAUUCUUUAGUCAGCAAAAACAUGUUUCAAAUAUUAAUGGGCUUUGGUUGAAGAAUGGUAUACGAUGUAUAACAUAAAAUAAAACAAUUUCAUUUUCUUUAAUUCAAACUUCAACGAUUUAAUUUUGUCAAAAAAAAACUUCAACGAUUUUGAUUGAGUUUUAAUAUAAUCAAUCUCCAAAGAUUAUAAAAAAAAAACAAAGGAGAAUUUCAUGUUUACCACUUCCGUGGUACCAUUAUUCAUUUUUACCACCAAUAAAAAAAUAUUUUCAAAAAAACAUUGUUCAUUAAAUGGUAAAAGACUAUUAUGCAAUUGUUAUAUAUAUAUAAUAAAUAAUUAUUUAAAUAAAAAAAUGAUUUUUUAUGUUUUCGAAUAAUACUUUUACAAAUUCAAACUUUUUUAUAAUUCUUUUUUUUUUCAAUUUUUUUUCUUUCAAAAUUUCUUUUUGAAAAAUUAACAAUUAUGAUUGAAACUAUUUUUUUAAUUUUUUUUAAAUUAUUUAUUUAGAUAUUUAUUAGAAUCUUAAAUUUCAUAUUCCAAAAACUUUAACCCACCCCUCAAUUCUAAAUCCUAAUUAAGUUUAGAUAAGUUAACACCCUGGAUAUAAAUGAAUUUUACCCUUCAAUAAAAGUGAUGGUAAAAAUUGUUAUUGUAUACAU